CGGCUCAUUAUGUAGUCACGCGUUAAAGCCGGAGCUGUGGUGAAGCUGCUGCGUCAGGUUGUGCUUGGGUUGUACUGCCUGAUCCUCAGUCCAGCAACCCGGCCCUCACUAAUCUACAGUCUGCUGACAUGUCAUCAUCAAAGAUGGACCAGGCAUCGCUGUGAACCAGAUUUUCUGCUCCUCUAGGCAGUGUUAAAUAGGCUACCAUCAGCCUGGAGCGGGGGAGCCCAGAAUGAUGUCCUCUUACUACCACUCUGCCAAGGAAGCAGACAUGGCGGCCAUGACAGAGCCGCUCUGCCUGGAAAGAGAUGUGUGCAGGGUGAUCGAGCUGCUGGACCGACUGCAGCGGAGUGGUGAGCUGCCUCCUCCCAAACUGCAAGCCCUUCAGAGAGUCCUACAGAGCAAAUUCUGUGCUGCCAUCAGAGAGGUAUAUGAGCAGCUAUAUGACACUCUAGACAUUGUUGGAGGACCAGAGGUGCGAGCACAGGCAACUGCCAAGGCCACAGUGGCAGCCUUUGCAGCCAGCGAGGGCCACGCCCACCCAAGGGUGGUGGAGCUGCCCAAGACAGAAGAGGGUCUGGGCUUUAACAUCAUGGGAGGCAAAGAGCAGAAUUCCCCCAUCUACAUCUCUAGAGUGAUCCCUGGGGGCGUGGCCGACCGCCAAGGAGGGCUGAAGAGAGGAGACCAGCUACUGUCUGUCAACGGAGUGAGCGUUGAAGGGGAGCAUCAUGAGAAGGCUGUGGAGCUGCUGAAGGCCGCCCAGGGUUCAGUCAAGCUGGUUGUCCGCUAUACCCCAAAGGUUCUGGAGGAAAUGGAGGCUCGCUUUGAGAAGAUGAGGAGUGCCCGAAGACGACAGCAGCACACAAGCUACUCGUGAGGCUUUUGUUAGUCUGCACUGCACCCGGUUACCGCUAUUAAUAUAUAUCCCUGGAGUCCAGGGGCUAGCUAAUUCAAUGCCUCCAUCAACCUCAUUGCCCAACCCUCCUGACUCUUCUGUUCUAGUGGGAGGCAAGACUGUAGAUGAGAAGCAAAAACCAAAGUAGCCUACCAACAGCUGUUACCUGAACUUCUUCAUGAAGCCAUUGCUGCAGUUUAGCAUUUUCUGCUGUCUCUCUUUGCUUUUUCUUUUGAGAAAUGCUGAGUAAGCUUGUUGUCACACCAUGCCUAUAAUUUCCCCUUUCCAGUGUGAAAUCCUCCUCAGCAUGCUAUACAUUCUCUUUAGUGUGUGUGUGGCUUAACUAGAACCUAGUUUUGAUUUUCUCUUGUCGUUUUACUUUUGUAUUCUCAUGUGAGUGCACUGCACUCCUCAGCGGUAUCCACUAUCUGCAGUUAGAACUCAGUAGCAUAGGAAACAUGUGGAAGAUGACACCUACAGCGUUCACCACCAUUUCUCUAUCAGAAGUGGCAUUAGCAUUAUGAAGAACUACACUGGAAUCACUGGCGAGUGUCAUUUGGUCAAAGUUUUGAGAAAUUUAGAAAUGUAUUUGUUUGCAUCUUCAUUGAUUUGCAUAAAUUAUUCAUGAAGUAAAGUAAUAAAGUGUGUAAAUUGAA